CUAGCCAUCGCUCAUCUGUCCUCCUUUUUUCCAGAUAUUCAGAGUGGUGUGCAUCUGUUUGGGUAAUCCACCAGAGACGUUUACCUGGGAGUAUCGAGACAAAGAUAAAAACUAUCAGAAGAUUGGCCCCAUAACACCUUUGAAGUUUUACAAGGAACAUGUCAAGCCACUCUUCAAUAUGGAAGAUAAGAUUUGUUUAGUGAAUGACCCUCGGCCCCACCACAAGUACAGCAAACUUUACACGGUGGACUACUUAAGCAACAUGGUUGGAGGGAGGAAAACUCUAUAUAACAACCAGCCCAUUGACUUAUUGAAAAAGAUGGUUGCUGCCUCCAUCAAAGAUGGAGAGGCUGUAUGGUUUGGCUGUGAUGUUGGAAAACACUUCAGUGGCAAGUUGGGCCUCAGUGACACGAAUGUCUAUGACCAUGAGUUAGUGUUUGGUGUCUCCAUGAAGAACAUGAAUAAAGCUGAGAGGCUGACUUUUGGUGAGUCUCUUAUGACCCACGCCAUGACCUUCACUGCUGUCUCAGAAAAGGAUGAUCAGGAGGGUGCUUUCGUGAAAUGGAGAGUGGAAAAUUCGUGGGGUGAAGACCAUGGCCACAAAGGUUACCUGUGCAUGACAGAUGAGUGGUUCUCUGAAUAUGUCUACGAAGUGGUGGUGGACAGGAAGCAUGUCCCUGAAGAGGUGCUAGCUGUACUAGAGCAGGAACCCAUUGUCCUGCCAGCCUGGGACCCCAUGGGGGCUUUGGCCGAGUGAUACUGCCUCCAGCUUUUCCUCCUCCCAUGGGACCUGAAGUAGCUGCAAAGGACAGAUCCAGGGACUGAAGCCAGAGUUACACAGGUGACUGUGUGUGUUCCCACGGGACACAGUCAGACUCUUGGAUUUCUCCUCCAGGAACCUCUUUGGGAAAGUGUGCUUUAUAGUGAAACAAAAUAUUCUCUAAAGAAAAAAAGGGAAAGAUCAGGUCGUACUAUCUACUCCCCUCAUCGCCAACAGCUCAGGAUCUCUUAGCAUUUUAAUCAGAUGUAAUUGUUUGUCUUAACUCUGUCACACCAGUUCGGUUCAGUGUCUGUUUUACAAGGCAGGAGAGGAUGAGCAAUUGAGGUGUGUGGAGAGAAAAUGGACUUACUGCUCCUUGUUCCUAGAGUAGAGUGGGGGGAGGGUGCCCUAAUAUUUGAGCUCUCAAAACUGCAUGCUGCCUGACAGUAACACUGUCCCUCCUGGGUGGCAGUCACUGAAUUCGGAUUUUUCAAGGUAGUUUCAUGUGCCUCUAAUAGCCCAGGAUCGGGAGGUUGAUCAAAACUGACAUGAUUCCUUCCUGUUGUUCUGAACUGUGGGGGAGCACAGCUCUACUUGAGUCAUGGUUAAGUAGAGGGUUGGAGAAAGUAGGUGAGAGAACAACCACAACCUUAUCAUGAUCUGAAUUUUAAUCAUUAGAGGGAGCUCUCGCCAAGCGGUUUAACUUCUGCCUCUGGGUUUGGGAGUUGGGUGGGCAUGAAAAGGGGAUAUCCAUUUUUUCUGACAACUAGAUGGUGCUGAGAAGCUUUUGAAUAAAACACUUUGCUAAAUGAGA